UGUCUUUCUAUUUAUUUAAAUCUUCUUUAAUUUCUUUCAGCAAUGUUUUGUAGUUUUUAAUGUAUAAGUCUUACAUCUCUUUCAUUAAAUUUCUUCCUGAACAUUUUAUUGAAAACAGUUUUAGUUUUUUACAGAAUUUCUUUAUGCAUCAUAUACCAACACUUGCAAAUAUGGAUUAGAACUUUUCCCCUUUUGGUGUGUGUGUGGGGACAACCUAUGAGCCAUAAUGUUAUGUAUCUUGUUUUAUUUUUGCUUUUUUCAUUUACUAUAUCAUGGAAUUCUUUCCACAACAAUAUAUAAAGAGCUUCCUCAUUCUUUUUUUUUUUAUAUAUAUAUAGCUGUGUAAUAGUCUAGUGUAUAAGUGUAUUGUAAUUUACCCAGUCAGUCCCCUACUGAUGGACAUUUGGGGUAUUUUCCUUCUUCUGCUAUUGUGAACAUUGUUGCAAUUAAUUUACCAUUUCACACUGCAUGAUAAAUUGUGGAGUUUGAUCUCUGGGUCAACGGGUAAAUACAUCAGUAGUUUUGACAAAUGUUGCCAAAUUGCCUUCCAUGAGGUCAUCCUUGUUUGUUGUCCUUCCAUAAUGAACAAGAAUGCCAUUUUCUUCAUGGCUUUGCCAAUAGAAGGGAUUAUUAAACGUUUGGAUUUUGAACAGUCUAUGAGGGGGAAGAGUGUAUCAGUGUAGUUUGAAUUUGCCUAUCUUUGCGAACAAGACAAGCGUCUUUACAUCAUGUCUCCCUAUCUGUGAACUGUCUGCUCUUGACAUUUGCUGAUUUUUCUGUUGGGUAGCUGGUCUUUCUUUGUUUACCUUUUAGAUAUGAGAUAUAAAUGAUUUGUUCUCAUUUUUCAUAUGUCUUUGGACUUUCCUUAAGGUGUUUAUUGCCAAGAAGAUUUUUUGUUUCCUUGGUUUGUUUUGUGCAUUCUAUUUCAUCAGUCUUUUAUGGAUUUUUGAUUUGGGGUCAUAAUUAGAAAGGCCUUUCGUACUCCAAGGUUGUAAAGCAAUUAUCAGAUAGUUUCUUCUCUAUAAGUUUUUAUAUGUUUAUUAUUUUCACAUUUAAAUAUUUGGGUUGUUUUUUUUUGUUUGAUCUGAGGGAUAUUAUUUUCCAUGCUUGUUUCCGGCCCAGUCAUUCUAUUGCCAAGAAUCCUUUCUCCCAAGUUUUGAAAGCAGAAGCCGGGACAUGUGCUUCUCCCCUCCCACAGGACACCUCCCGUCCUCCCUGGAGGAAAUGCAGGCAGGGCCCCGGGGCUGCUGAUAAAACUCAAAGAUUACUCUCCCCAGCUCUCUGUUAACAUAAAAUACAAUACAUGAUGAGAAUGCGCUUGCUUUUCAUUUCACAAGUCUUUACUGAGGACAACUAUAUGUAAGGAAUCCAGUCAUUUAUGAGCAUUUUCCAGCACCUGCUGUGUGUCUGGUAUUACUGAAGGCGCUGGAUUCGGAGAUGAAGGAGACAGUGGAAGGAGGCAGAAUGGUGUGCCCCACAAUGUCAAGUUACCAACAAGAAAUAAUACCUGGUAUGGGUGCCACAAAUUCAGGUUCUGGGAGAGCAGUUCCCAGGCCUGGAACACUCACUUGAUGCUACUGGCAUUAUUAAUAAUUAUCAUUGAUAUUAUGAUUAUUUUAUUAUGAAAUGAUCACUAACCCAUUAUACUUCAUACCAUUUAUAUCAGAAUAAUAAUGCCCAAUAGCAACAGCUGUGUCUCAGGCCAGCUGUAUCUUGUCAUGUGCAUGCCUGUAAGGAGCUCUACAAAAGAAAGCCUAGCAUCCCCGCUUCACAGCUCAGGGAAGCCAAGGUUAGCACCACCCAGGCCUCCCGGGGUGAGUCAGCGUGCUCUCCCCACCACGACACUUCGCUCCCACACACACUGUGUUGCUGAACUGUGGCAAAUCAGUUUUCAAAAUGAGCUGACAGGUGGCAAAAAUUACAACGGGUAGAUACGGCCGCCCCCAUUUCACACAAAAAAACCUGAGAAAGCCACUUGACUCAUCCUCUCUGGUGAAGUUCUUCUGACUUCAGAUCCGGCAUGGAAUGGGGCUCUCAGCCCUGAGUAUCUCUGCGGCUCCACAGGGCCUGCGGACUGCAGACCGGGUGGCUAUGGGCCCCUGCCCCAAAGAGCAGUACUGGGAGCCCCUGCUGCACCGCUGCAUCUCCUGCAAAUCUACCUGCAACCAUCGGAACCAGCACACCUGUACAGCCUUCUGCAAGUCACUCAGCUGCCGCAAGGAGCAAGGCAAGUACUAUGACUAUCUCCUGAGGGACUGCAUCAGCUGCAUCUCCACCUGUGGACAGCACCCCAAGCAGUGUGCAUACUUCUGUGAGAACAAGCUCAGGAGCAGAGUGAACUUCCCACCAGCGCUCAGGAGACAGCAGAGUGAGGAGGCUGAAACCAGGUCAGACAACUCUGGAAGGUACCAGGCAUCAGAGCACAGAGGCUCAGAGGCAGGCCCAGCUCCCCCUGGGCCCAAGCUGAGUGCAGACCAGCUGGCGCUGGCCUACAGCACGCUGGGUCUCUGCCUGUGCGCCAUCUUCUGCUGCUUCCUCGUGGCCAUGGCCUGCUUCCUCAAGAGGAGGCGCGAUCAGGUCUCCUGCCAGCCCCCCGCAGGGCCCUGUGGGUCCCCGGCCAAGUCUUCGCAGGAUGAUGCGAUGGAAGCCGGCAGCCCCACCGGCGCGGCGCCCGAACCCGUUGAGACGUGCAGCUUCUGCUUCCCCGAGCGCAGGGCGCCCACCCAGGAGAGCGCUGGCGCGCCCGGGACCCCUGGUCUCGCUGGGACCGCGGCCCUGCAGCCCUGCGCGCGCGCCUCCGACGGCUGCCUCGGCGUCGUGUGCGCGCCCGCCAAGGAGGGGGGCCCGGGCGCGUGAGGGGUGGGGAGAGAGACGGAGACGGACGGAGGGAGAGCGGUGCCCGCGUGGGGAGAGACCCGGGCAGCAGAGGGGGAGAGGUGCCGGAGGAGGAGGCCGGGUCACUCUGUAUCCCAGUUCCCAGUGCAAGUUGUAGGUCGCCAUCACCUGACUACGCGUGUCUUACAUGCAAUAAAGUAGCCCCCGAGAACCCCUUUUCCUGUAAAAUAAAACCUUUGGGGCUGCCCUUCAUUGGACUUUGGUCGUGUCUGCGGAUGAACCAAGACGGCCCUCCUGUCACCCUCCUGGGCUCAAGGCUGCGACACAUGCUGCUACCUCAGCUCAGCACAGAAGGACCCACCAUCUCACCAGGCUCCUGAGGAAGUCUGUGAACGCGGGUUGGGCAGUAAGCAGCAAAGUACCGCUUGGCCUUUCCUGCCCCCUUUCACUUAAGAGGGAGAGCAGAAAGAGAUCACAGAAUGGUGGGCAGGAAGGCACCUGUGCAAACACCAGGAGAAUGAGGUGCUCGACUUGUCUUCGUUUCUUUCACACAAAUGCCCUUCCCUGCCUCUUCAUGGCAUGAAGCACAGGGUGUGUGUGCAUGUGCCUGUGUGUAUGUGUGUUUCGGGGGUUUGGGGUAGACAGGAAGGGAAUUAUUCACCCUGCACCACCCCAAAUUAUCUUGCAUACCUGCACACACCAAAGGGCCAUGUAGGACACUUUGGGAGGUGCAGACAAGACACCUGAGGCACCAUCCUCAGACUAACAGGUUGCAUUAGUUUGCUAGGGCUGCCUUCAUGAAGUGUCACAGACUGGCUUCAACAACAAAGUCAUUGUCUCACAGUCUGGACGCCAGAAAUCCAAGAUCUAGGUGUCAGCAGGGUGGGUUCUUUCCGAGGGCUGCAUGGGAAGGUCUGUUCCAGGCCUCUCCUUGGUGUGACUGUGGCCGUCUUCUCCCUGCAUCUCUUCACCUCUUCCCUCUUCACACGUCUGCGUCUGUCACAAUUUCCCCUUUUUAUAAGGAUACCAGUCACACUGGAGAAGGGCCCACCCUACUGACCUCAUUUUACCUUACCUCUGUAAAGACCUUAUCUUCAAAUAAGACUGUGUUGUGAAGUGCUAGGGGUUAGGGCUUCAACAUAGGUCAGGGGGAAAAUUCAACCAGUAACACGGGCCCUCCCGAGGCCACCUCUGCUUCGUCUUUGUCUGCAGGUGCGCUGGCAUCUAAAAUGUGUCUGUCCAAGAUGAGUGUCUGGUUACCCAGGGAACUGCCACCCCACGCAGCCAGCGCCACAUCUUGGUGGCAUUGUUCCUCUCCAUCAUGCCCAAUGUAAGCAGCUUCCUUCCUCGUGACAGGGUGGACGCCAGCCCUGUGCUGUUGCAGACACUUGCUGGGUGCUGGUGAAGUAACACUGCACUAGUGAGCCGCAGAGAUGUAGCUUAGAUACUAAGGCUUAUCUGAAAGAUGCACAGAUUCCUAUUCCUUCAGACCUGUGGUUUUCUAAUACUGCUCGUCUGAACCCAGUGAUGCCUCUGGAAUUUCAGGGGAUGUUGGGAUGCUGAGAACACAGGGUGCUGAAUGCCCAACCCCAGGUCAAUUAGAUACAAAUAAUCUUGUAGGUUUUGGGGGGUCAGUUUUUCAAUUGCUCUUGAGUGUUUUUUUUUUAGGGGGAUCCUUUACUAGAAAGAACAUCUGAAACUCUAUAUACUGUCAAUUUUAUCUAUGUUCUGUUUGUCCCACCUCCAAAAUAUAUCCUGAUUCCACCCACUUGUCAUGACCUCCUUUUUUUUUAAGAGAUGGGGUCUUGCUAUGUUGCCCAGGCUGGCUUCAAACUCCUGGGCACAAGUGAUCCUCCUGUAUAGCUGGCUGUACAGGUGUAUGCAUCAUCACUCCUGGCCAAUUAACACAAAAUUUUUUUAGAGAUAGAGUCUUGCUAUGUUGCCCAAGUUGGUCAUGUGUCAUGACCCCUUUAAUCUGAGUUCCCACCAUUUCCCACCCUCCCCACUGGCCUC